CAUUUAGUUAUCAGUAUAUAAACAAAGCACCUACAUUGUCUGCACACAGAACUGAGAAGAGGCCGGGAAACACAUAGACAACAUAAAAAGAAAAGAGGAAUAUGGAACUAUCUGUUAUGUUGCUGGUGUUCCUCACAGGAUCUGUUGCACAGCAAGAUUUGGGCAGCAAAGUUUUUCUCUUCCCGAAACCAACGGCAACAGCACAUGUGAUAUUGAAGCCUGAAAUAGAGAAACCAUUGCAGAAAGUUACUGUUUGCAUGCGAUCAUACACUGAACUUUCACGAGAGCAUAGUCUUUUUUCCUUGGCAGUGUCUGGCUCACUGAAGGAUGACACUUUUCUUAUCUUUCAAAAACCACCACUCUACACUACUGUAUUUAUAAACCAGGAGUUUAUAAGUAUGCGGAUAGACCCUGAUGUUCUAGACUGGAAACUCACCUGUGUAGCUUGGGACUCUGAUACCGGAGUUGUUCAGCUUUGGGUAAAUGGAAAGCUCUACCCAAGAAGAUUUUUAAGCAAAGGAUUUUCUAUUAAUCCUAAAACAUCUAUUAUUUUGGGGCAGGAGCAAGACUCAUUUGGGGGUGGGUUUGAUAUUAAUCAAUCAUUUUCUGGAGAAAUAAGUGAUGUCAAUAUGUGGGAUUAUGUUUUGACACCAGCAGACAUGCAAAAAGUUAUGUCUGAGAAUUACAAUGGAAAUCUGAUUAACUGGAGAUCUCUAAAGUUUGAGGUUAAAGGUGAUGUAUUAAUUCAACCUAAGCUUCAAUGUAAGCCUUGGGUGUUCACAAAUACCUUAUAUACUAAAUGUAAUGCGGAUAAUCUGUGUAACUGAUAGCUGGAUUCAUCACUGGUAAUGAAUCAUUUAUCUUAAUUGCCAUUAAGUGAAAAUAGUGAAAUAAAAGAGAAAAGCAAUAAAAUUGUCUUAAAUAUUGUACCUUUUACUGAGAACAUAUAAAAUAAAAUGUAAUAUUGGUA